GGUUAGUCCUGUGAGCUCAAUGGAGCGGAAUGGCUUUGUUCAGGAGUCCACUCACGUCUCAGGAAAAGAACAAUGAGGAGCUCCAGCUGAGGUAGGAUAAAGUGCUCCCCAGAUGAUCCCCUCACAGAAAUAGAGACUUCCCCAUUAUUUACAUGGCAAAGGCAACAGCAAGAGAGAGGAAGAGAGAGAGAGCCAGGGGGCUGUGAGGUGAGAGAGAGGCCGAGGAGUAAUGCGAUUAAAGAAGGAGGAUGAGAUGGCAGAAAGUUCCUGGAGGUGUUUAGCAACAGCUGCUGCACUUCCUAUUAGAGAGAGGGAGAGCCGAGCUACAUCUUCUCCAGGAUGUAUCAUUUGGGAUUAUUUUGGACAUACUUUCCACAUGGCCACCUCUGGCAUCAAACUAGACUAAAAUGCAUGUAAAGACUUUCAAGAGGGCAGAAAGUGGCUCAAAGCAGCUUCUCCUGGUGGGGGUUGCUCUGAGCCUGGUCUCCUGCACAUGGAGCUUUUCCCAUGGAGCAAACCCCUCUGCCUGCAUGGACAUGAAGCCCAGGCACAUCAGCGCCCAGCCCCAGGACCCACACAACAACUACAUCACCCUGCAAACAGAGGCUGUCUCCUACCAUCCUGGGGGCACCGUGCCUGUGGCAGUGAGGAGCACUCGGGACUUCAUGGGCUUCCUGCUGCAGGCGCGGCGAGUGACUGACGACCGCAUCGCCGGCACCUUCAUCCUCAUCCCGCACGGCUCCAAGCGGCUGCGCUGCGAGGAGGAGGGGGACACCGUCACCCACUCAGACAAACAGCUCAAGAGGAACCUCUCCUUCGUCUGGCGGGCGCCUGACCGCCCCGCUGGAGACGUGCGCUUCUUCAUAACAGUUGUGCAGUCAUACUUUACUUACUGGGCCCGGAUUGAGUCAGCCGUCGUGCACGAUCAGACUCCGGCUAACUUCACACCCGUGGUUGCUGUUGCUGGACAGGAGAUCGCACCAUCUGGACUGGCAUUUGACAUCAACAUGACGAGCACAGGUACAGAUAUGUAUAUUUUCAAAACAGUUCCACUCGCUGGGCAGAGCUGUGGCACAGACUACUCUUAA